GUUUAAGGCAAAUCCUAAGACGUGGUACCGGCUUUUUUAAAAUAAGAAAUAUUGUUUGACACUUCCCCAAGAGUGCUUAUGACAUGUUUUCGAAGUAAAGAAGAAGAUUCGGGGUUACUGGGAAGAAAAUCAUCAAGGAUUACAAAACAUUUCUGACAUAUUCGAAGAUUAAGAUAGUUAGGUUACUGGCUAGCUAAGAUAGCUAUCCUACACCGAAGAACACAGAGAAGCCCCUCGCUGCUCAGAAGUAACGUUAGGGGACUUCAGAUAGGUGACCAGCUUAGUUAACGCUAGCAAUCAGGCUAGGUUAGCUAUGUCUUUCCGCCGCCAGAAUCAACAGUCUGGACCAGGUGGCCGCAAAACCUCUAAUGGAACUUCUGGAUCGGCCAGCAUGUCAUCCACAGUUCCUGGGAGUAACACUACCAGAUCUACCCCUGGAAGGAACAGAAACUCCGUGAAGCCUCCCUCUCAGUCUUCCCCUGUGUUUGAGGGCAUCUACAAUAACUCACGGAUGCUCCAUUUUCUCACAGCGGUGGUGGGCUGCAGGUGUGACGUGAGGGUGAAGAAUGGCACUGUUUAUGAGGGCAUAUUUAAGACUUUAAGCUCAAGGUGUGAGCUGGCAGUAGAUGCUGUGCAUAAGAUUAGGGUUGAGGAUGGCGAAGGUUGUGGAGGUGGAACGUCCACACACCCCAGGAGAGAGGAGAUCACAGACACCAUGAUCUUUAGCCCCAGUGACCUAAUCACCAUGACCUGCAGAGAUGUGGACCUCAACUAUGCUACCCGAGACACCUUCACAGAUGCAACAAUCAGCUCAUCCAGAGUAAACGGUGACCACAGAGAGAAGGUGUUGCAGAGGUGGGAUGGAGGAGACAGCAAUGGAGAGAACUAUGACCUAGAUACAGACACAUCUAAUGGUUGGGAUGCCACUGAGAUGUUCCGCUUCAAUGAAGAAACGUAUGGGGUGAAGUCCACCUAUGACGCCAGCCUCUCAAUGUACACGGUUCCUCUGGAGCGGGGUACUUCAGAAGGCUACCGGCAGCGAGAGGCACGAGCAGCCCGGCUGGCCAGUGAAAUUGAGUCCAGCUCACAGUACCGCCACCGAGUGGCGCUGGAGAACGAUGAAGGCAGGAGUGAAGAGGAAAAAUACAGCGCUGUAGUGCGGGACGGAGGGGAGCGGGAGAGAGGGAGAGACAGCCCUGGGUUCCCCAGCUCUGGGAGCAGGGAGGGCAAGUAUAUUCCCUUACCCCAGAGGGCGAGAGAGAGAGAAAUGGGUGUGUCCAGGGGUGAUAGAGAAAGAGGAGGCUCCUCCUCUCUUCCUAAUCGAACAAACAGACCAACCCCCUCGAGUUCCUCUCCCAGGCCUUCUCUUCCUUCUGGCAGCAGUCAGCCUGCCCCACCCUCUGACAGAAACGGUCCACUGUCUAUCAGAGGGGGAUACUCUCCUCACCAGUCACAGUGUAGCCCACCUGCCCAUCCCCGGACAAUGGAGCCUGGCCACACCAGCCCACCUGCCCCACACAUGAUCCCUCACUCCCUCUCACACCCACAGUCUCUCUCUGACUCCACACGACCUGUUAAUGGAGUAUCGUCCAGAACAUCCCCAAAAUCUCAGAGGCCUGCACAAACCAGAAGUUUGCGCUCAUCCAACUCCCACUCUUCACCUACAGUCUCUCAUUCCCCAAAACCUGACGCACACACCCAAGACUCCCUUCCUCAGUCAACUCAUACCUACCUGGACACCUCUGCAGUUACCAUGGUGACCCCAAAGCCCUCUGGCCCUACCCCUCUCUUCCCUGUAGAUGUAAAUGAGAUUUUGUCUAAGGAGAGGACAGACAGCCCUGCCAGUCCUCAGGAGGGCAAAAGCAAUAAAGCUCCCUCAGUUCAGCAGAGAUCACAGAUAGAAGAGCUUCGUAAAUUUGGGAAGGAGUUCAGGCUUCAGUCUGCCUCCUCCCCCUCCAGCCCCAGCGCAGCAGCCACCCCCAGUGACCCUCCCCAGCCAAGCCCUGCCCACAGCACACAAGCAGACCCCAGCUCUUCCACAGAACUCAAAACUGCCUCGCCCACAACCCCCACUCAGGAGCCUCUGUCAAAUGAAGCAAGCAGAGAGGCGAGCACCGAGGGUCCUGCUCCACCCACCCCGACACCAGUCACCCCCACUGCUACACCUGCACCUACACCUGGUGGUGCCCCACAACCCUCUGUUUCAGACGGCCAAGUGGCAGCGGUUCCCCCCCAGCCUGCCCGGACCCCGGGCAGGGAAGACAGCAGAGCCGAGGCUGGGGAUCGAGAUGAGGGUGUGGCCGAUCAAGUGAAGAAGUCCACACUAAAUCCCAACGCCAAAGAAUUUAAUCCCAUCAAGGCCCCACUAACCAUGGUGAAGCCUUCGGCGACCCCCACACCUCGACCCACACCUCCAAGCCCCUCUGUGGUACUCCAGCCUCCUGCUGGCCAGGGAGCCAUAUAUGGCCACCAGUACCUGAGCUACGUAGCCGUACAGGCCCCUCAGAUGUACCAGUACACAGUGUCAACUGUCAGCCAGGGCAAAUACCCCAGAGCUAAAGGCUCAGUGGUGGGCCCUCGUCCAGACCACAGCUCAACAGCACCCCCUAUGAUUCAAACAGCGGCAUCUGCAGCAGGUCCUCCUCUUGUGGCUUCCCCUUACACACAGUCCUACCUGCAGUACAGCCAGGUCAUUCCUGCCAUGCCUCACUACCCCGGACAGCCAGUGUACUCCAUGCUGCAGGGUGGAGCGCGGAUGCUGAGUUCAGGAGGACACCCUCAGACACUGGGGCCCCCUGGCCCUCAGUACCCAGGCCAGAGCGAUGGACCUCCAGGAGCCCAGCAGGGCAUGUACACCCCACAGACAUUCUCUCAUCCCUCGGGCUCCAUGCAUCCACCACAACCCUCCAGCACCCCCACUGGGAGCCAACCACCUCCACAGCACCCUGCCCCCAGCCCGGGACAGUCUGCUCAGUCAGGUCCACAGCCUCAGGCGCUGUACCAUUCAGGUCCACUGUCAGCCCCAACGCCCCCUAACCUGCCGCCAGGCCACAGCUCGCCCCAGGCCUCCUACUCUCUCCAGAGCUACAGCCUGCCAGGCCACCAGCCGUUGCCUCACCCCUAUUCCUCCAUUGGGCAGCUCACACAGGCUCAUGUUUCAGGAGCUCUCUCGGGUCCUCACCCCUCUGGAGGUCAUGGCCCUCCACCGAUGAUGCUGCUUCAUGCCCCGCCUCCACCUCCCCCACAGCAGGGCCCUGGUUCUGGGCCUGGACCCCAGCACCCCUCUCAUGGACCACCACCCCAGCCAGGAGCGCAUCAACAUUACACCUUCAUCGGGCACCACCAGGCUAUGCAGGUGCAGCCCCACCCUUCUCAGCAGAUACCCUUCCAUCCUCCUGGAAACUGAGGGAAGUGAGACGGUCACAGUUCUGGCUUCAGCUGCCCAGGGAGGGAGAGUUCCUCUCAACCUAUAUAUAUAUAUAUAUAUAUAUAUAUAU